AAUAACCCUCUGAAGACUUGGCUAAGGUGGGUAGAAAACUGGCAUUACUGCAAGAGAAGGGCUUCGAGAGAUUUCGAGAAGAGGCAAAAAUGAAGGUUGCCGUCGUUUUCUGCACGAUUGCUGUAGUAGCAUUAUCAGUAAAUGCUACCGUCUUCUUCCAGGAGGAGUUUCUGGAUGGAGAUGCAUGGAAGAGUCGCUGGGUGAACUCUGAGCAUAAGUCUGACUAUGGCCAGUUCAAACUCACUGCUGGAAAUUUCUAUGGCAACGCAGAGAAGGACAAAGGCCUUCAGACCAGCCAAGAUGCCCGCUUCUAUGCAAUGUCUGCCAGGUUUGAGCCUUUCAGUAAUGAGGGCAAAACCUUGGUAAUCCAGUUCUCUGUGAAGCAUGAGCAGAAGAUUGACUGUGGUGGUGGUUAUGUGAAGGUGUUCCCCUCUGACCUUGAUCAGGCUGCCAUGCAUGGAGAUUCCCAGUACUACAUCAUGUUUGGGCCUGAUAUCUGUGGCUACAGCACCAAGAAGGUUCAUGUCAUCUUCAACUACAAGGGAAAGAAUCAUCUCAUCAAGAAGGAAGUCAAGUGCAAGGAUGAUGAACUUACACACGUGUACACGUUGAUCCUCAACCCAGACCAGACCUAUGAGGUGAAGAUCGAUAACGAGAAGGUAGAGUCGGGAUCUCUGGAGGAGGACUGGGAUUUCCUCCCCCCUAAGAUGAUCAAGGACCCAGAGGCCAAGAAACCAGAAGACUGGGAUGAUAGCCCCAAGAUCGAUGAUGCUGAGGACACCAAGCCUGAGGACUGGGACAAGGCUGAGAACAUCCCAGAUCCCGAUGCCAAGAAGCCAGAGGACUGGGAUGAAGACAUGGACGGCGAGUGGGAGCCCCCAAUGAUCCCCAACCCUGAAUACAAGGGAGAAUGGAAACCCAAACAGAUCGACAAUCCCAACUACAAGGGGGCGUGGGUCCACCCUGAAAUCGCCAAUCCUGAAUACACUCAGGAUGCCGAGAUUUACAAGUUUGACAGCAUCGGUGUCCUAGGCCUGGACCUGUGGCAGGUUAAGUCCGGCACCAUUUUUGACAACUUCCUUAUCACAGACAAUGUGAAGGAGGCUGAAGAUUUUGCAAAAGAGACAUGGGGAGUCACAAAGGGCCCAGAAAAGGCAAUGAAGGAGGAGCAGGAGGAGAAGAAGAGGAAAGAGGAGGAGGAGAAGAACAAGGAGCAGGACACAGAUGGAGAUGAAGACGGCGAGGAAGAGGAAGAUGCCGAAGAUGAAGAUGAGGACGACACCGAGGAGCCUGAUGUCACGGAAACGGACGAGAAUAAGAAGGAGAAGGACGAGCUCUGAGUGACCAGAAGGGCGUUCCUCCGGCACACAUCUCCUGCGCUCUCAUGGUUACAAGAAACCUAACCCAAGCGCAUACUUUUCUGAUUUGCGUAGUGCCAUUGUGGGAUGUGACUUGCUACCAGUCACACUUAUUUUGUACAGGGACUGAGGAAGAGUGGCUCAUAUCAGAUGUGAUAAUUUAAGAUCUAUUCAUUGAAGUUUAUUAUUAUUAUUAUUAUUAUUAUUAUUUUUUUUUUUUUUUAAAUAAAUUCCCCCAACCAUUCAGUCCACCACAAACUUGCACACACACACUUCCCCGGCUCAUGUCAUGUUACUUACAAUUUCAGGUUUACAGAUCAUACCCCCCAACCAGUUCAGAACUACGGUGUGACAUCCAAUGUAAUAAGCUGCAAGUGACUAGAUUUUGAAUGUUAUUAGUCUUAGUAAGUGCACACAACGUUAUUCAUAGUGCCUUUUUUAAGUUUGGGUUUUAAUUUGAAUUUGGUUUAUUUUCCAAACUAAGUAAAACACAUAUGGUUACUGAUCAGACUCCCUUUUUGAUGCUGUAUCUCCCAGACCACACACUGGUACUCUGUACUCUGAUUGCGAAGAUGUGUAUCAUUUUGAUCAGUUUGGACUGCACAAGGAUGUUUGGCUUAACUCUUGAAUGUCACUGAACAUCACCUGUGUUAAGAACAGACAUCUCUUCAUUGCAAUUGCAAUUCAAAUGCAGUUGAGAAUUUACAUAAUUUUUGGCACUGACUUUUAUUUGUUUUGCUGUAGCAAACUGCUUUUCUACACCCCUCAGAAUCGUGUCUAAUGAGAUUAUAUGUGUUCCAACUGUUAGUUAACGUGCUGUGGGAGGCCUUUUUCAUACAAUUUUGCAAACUGUGACCCCAUUUUUGUACAUGUAGACUAUUAUAUCAGAUGUGGAUAACUUGGCCUAAUUAAACUCUGAGAGAAUUUAUAUAUUUUUUACUUGAUAAAAAUGUUUUGUGUGAGAAUUGGUCACCUUUAUAUUGUCACUGUCACAAGUUUGUGCAUUCCACAUUCGUCCAGUGAUCCACAUUCUGGAUUCUGUCAACAUUGUCCUUUUGCUGUCAUAAUUGAUGCCAAAGUUGAAAUAAAAGAUGUUAAUAUUA